AUAAAUCGUACUCUGUAAGUGCUGCAAAGGACGAAUUAUCAAGAAAAAAUAAAAAAGGAAAGGAAUUAUGACAGGUUUUUCUAAAAAUCAACCAGUUAGCGAUACCAACAACCAGAAUAAACAAAACAAACAGAACAGCAACAACAACAACAAUGACAAUCAUAAUCCUCUCAUUAACAACACAAAUUCUCCCUUCCAACAACCAACACCACCACUACCACCACCACCACCCCCAGUAAAACGCAAAGUUGGCAGACCACGAAAAUAUCCAGCAAAUACACAAAAUCCACUACAGACCUCUUCUAAGUCAAAACCCGGUAGAAAACCAAAAACAGCAUCUGCACAAACACCAGCAACUACUCCCAGACCUUCAACAACAUCAUUAACAUCACCAAUACCAUCAUUGCUUGCAUCUCCCACUAUCAGUGAUAACGCCAUCCAUCAUUUCAGCAGCACCACAGCAGCACACUCAUUAUCAACGACAGCAACUACAACAACUACAAAUACAGGGUUUAUCAACGAUAAUACACAAACCAAGACCGCCACACAAGCCAUACACAACAGCACACUACCAACAACAAUAACUACACCUAUUACACAGCCACAAUGUAGCAACAGCAACAACAAUGCAGCAACAAGUUGGCCUCCAACACCUCCACCAUCAUCGACGUCAGUGCCCAUCAACAUGGGUAUUGUUGGUGGUGGUGGUGGUGGUGGUGGUGGGGGUCCCUUUGGUGACAAGCACAACAGCAAGAGUCAAAUGGGCGCAGUCACCAGCACAGGCAAUGGCGGCGUUAAAUACAACAUCAACAACAACAACAAUAUGACGAAUAGUUUCGUUGAUGAAUUUACUGAUUUUGUUUUGAAUGAUCGCUAUGGCGGUAAACUAACCACUACAAAUUGCUUUUCCCACUUUCAAAUACCAUCAUCACUCCUACCAAUCAAAACAAACGAACGCUCCACGCGACAUAGGACUAUCGUUGGAGGUGAGCCGGGCAGCACGAUCAUUCGAAAUGGCAACAAUACGGUCAUCACCGCCACUAACAGCAAUAAUAACAAGAAGUCGUCGUUGCAGUCGCGCACAGUGCAAUUGCUAGUGACGCGGCGUCCCAUCAUCACAAGUGCCAGCAAUAACAACACGCAAAUCGUUGCCGCCAACACCAGCGCGGCCGCCACACAAACGGCUACCAUAGUCGCACCCGGUGUACUAAAAAUCACAUCGGCACAUACGAACCCGAACAGCAACAACCACAUUAUCCAAACUGCUUCUGGUACGGAGACGGUCGUUAUUGAGGAGGAAGACGAUGAGCUGCUUUCAGCUUCGGCGGGAUCGAGUGGUGAUGAUGGCUCAACGUCGCCCGGCGCGCUUGCCAUGUCAGCGACAACGGCACAAAUAUUACGUAAGUUCCGUAUACCCAAGGGCACCGCAUUGACGGCGAAAGUGAGCAGCGUUGAAGCGGUAGCUAACGCGUCGGAAACUCUGAUCUGCAGCGCAUCGACAUCACCAGCACCAUCGCCAAUACAUUCCACUACCUGUUCGCCUGCACCGUCGGCUGCAACACCGAACUCCGUAGAUCUGGUUGAGGAAGUGAUCGAGACAGAUGAGAAUUCGACGUGUCAUUCAAAUGAAGCGCUAAUGCCAGCCGACACCACCACCGCAACAGCUGACACUAUAACCGAAUGCGAUACGGAAGCAGUACAGGGCGCUGAUACCAACACCACUACCACCACAGUUUUAGUGCCAGCUGGCAGUGAUGGCGGCCCAGUGACAGCAACUACCGCCACAGCGUUACCACAAAUCCAGCUGCAAACAGUGCAACCGAAUGGCACGGUAACCUGCAUCAAUUUGCCGCCUAAUACGAUUCUACUCACCGCGCCGGAUGGUUCAACUAUACUUGCCACAGCGACGCCGCAACAGCUCAGCAAACUUACACAUCCACAGCAGCAGCAGCAACAACAACAAAUCAUAUCGAUGCAAGAUUGGAAUGGCGGUGGCGCUGGCGGGGGUAGUAGCACCACUGUUGAUGGCAAUACAGCAACUGUGCUGCAAGCUGUGCAAACUGCAGCCUCACAUCAUCACCAAGCAGCUACGGCAACACAAACACUGCUACUCACCGCCGAUGGCACCGCAAUACCACUUAUACAGGCAGCACCAAGCGUUGCCACCAGCGCCACUGGCACAACGACGAAUUCGGCGGCGGCAGCAGCAGCGGCCGCAGCGCAAAUCGUAGCCGCUCAACAAGCUGAAGCGCUGAAGGCUCAAGUGUUGGCGUAGGGUUUGGCCGGUGGCCAAUUGGGGCGAUUUUUGAACAAUGCAACAAUUUUACCCACGACUUACUUUUUCUAAAGAAAGCCAACAACAAGGUAAUAUGGAUAUGUGUGAGUGUAUGAGUAUUUUUAAAUUUCGCUUUUUAUAUAUACAUACAAAUGUAGUUGAAAUUUUGUGUACGAGUAUGUGUUAUUUGAAUUCAUUUCAAGUAUUUGUAAGUAUUAUAUUUAUCAGUGAAAUUCGUCUAAUUGUGUAACUUGAAUUUUGUCUUUUACAAGAAUUUUUUUUUUAAGUGAGUUAACGUAAACUUUUUGUUCUGCAAGAAUCUAAAAUCAAUAACUGCACAUACGAAUCAAGAAUCGCUCCAAUUAGCCGCAGAGUCAGCAAUAAAUAAAAAAAAUAUAUUAAUAAAGAGCGAAAUGCCACGCCUAGAGAUGAAACUGCUCAGUAUUUGACUAUUCAUAAGGAAAAAGUUAUUUAGUUGAAUAUGCUGGUCGCGUUUUCCGAAGUCCUUUCAAAUAUUUGAUAAUUUCGUUGUGUGAAAAAUAAAAAUGAGUGGUCUUUUAAAAAUCUGAUAAUUUAUUGAUUUUCUUUACGAAAAUAUAUGCAAAAUACCUUAAUAAAAAACGAAACCUACUAGACUAGAUUUUCUUAUUUUUGACCCGAAAACUGUUAAAAAUCUAUGAUAAGUUCGAUAUUAUACUGUAUUAAACCUGUUGUUGUUGCAGCAGCAUAAACAUUCCCCAUACUUACAUACCGGGGAUGCUGCUGGAGUGACAGUCCUUGGCCGGAUAUAAAUCCGGGUCGUUUCGGUAACGUAGAACCGACUGUCGUGGAAACCUAUUUCUAGGCGCACAACAAAUAAUUAUUUUUUAUUCAUAACCAAUAGCCCUGGUAGCUAGUGCUGUAAACAUAUUAAUUUACAAUUUUAAUUAUAAUUUAAUAAAU